GGCGAUUUUUAUUAUUUUUGCGAAAGCAUGUCUUGCUCCAUAUCACACACAAAUACUCAUAGCUUAAAAGGGCAUCGGGUCUGCAAGAGAGAUCAUUUCCCUUCCAUUUUCCUCAUUCUUUUUUCUUCUCAUCUUCUUCUCAUCUUCAUUCGAUCAGGCCCAGGUUUACGCCACCAAACAUGACCCUGACCAAGCUGAUCAAGUACACUCAACUGCCCUCGUCUGAGUACUCACAACAGACGCUCGGUAUCCACAGUGGGACCAGGAUCGAGACUGAUCAGAUCCUUCUGCAGCCCAUCCAGCUCGAUCGGGAUGCUCCACUGCUGUGGGAAGUGUACAAGAACCACACUUACCUAUUCAAUUACAUGCCGCAUGGAGCCCUUGAGACGUAUGAGGAAUUUUAUAAGAUCCAGGAACGCUUUUGCCAGUCCUCGGACUUUUUCAAUUGGGUCUGUUAUGUCUCUGCACACCCGAGGGAAGAUCCAGAAAAGAAGAAAUGGGUGCUGUGUGGAUCGAUCUGCCUGCUCGACAUUUCCUUGCCCUUUCGACGCUUUGAGGUGGGCAGCAUCUGGUUUCAUCCUGCAGUCCAGAGUACGUUUGUGAUGUUGGAGACGACGUACGCGCUGCUCCGGUUUUCGUUCGAGCGUCUGCAGGCGGGCCGAGUGCAGUGGAAGACACACUCGGAGAACAUUGCAUCCCAAAAGGCGGCAACCAAGCUCGGCUUUGACUUGGACGGGUUGCACCGCAAGCACAUUAUCCACUCGGACGGGACCUGGCGCCACACGUAUUUUUACUCGAUGACGGAUGACGACUGGUUCGGACGGGAGGAGACCAGGGAUGGACGACGGGGGCUGGACGUGGCAUCCACAGCCGAGGCAACGACGGCAGAGCAGGCGCGGAAGGAGGCACAGGGACGACAGAGACGGCUGGAGGAGCUGAUUGCGGAGAGGAAGAGGGGAGGGAAGGCACUGCCGAGCAUUGUUGUGGAGGGAGGAGCUUUGUCGGCGUGAGAGUUGUAUCGGGGGAGAAAGUAAGGUUGCGUGUGGGGGGAGCCGAGUCAGUCAUGGGUGGGG